AAAUAUUGUUAACAUUAUUUGAUGAAUUUCUUUAAGUAUGUAAGCAUUUUGUUUUUGUAUGAGGCUUAAUAUUUUGUAAUCUGAAUUAUGAUGAUUCCCUAUAUUCAACAAAUUGAUAAGAUAAGAAUACUUAUUAGCAAACAGCUACGUUAGAGUUCGUUAAGUGUAAUAUGCGUAGUCAAUCCAUGGAAUUUGAAUUGUUACGUCUAUAAAAUUGUCUUUUGAGAAUAUAUUCCUUUUUGAAGGUAUUAGUCUGUAAUCUAUAUGCUUAAUUGAUUUAUACGUCCUGAACCACUUCAGCUGUGAUUACUAUGAGUAGAACGUUGAAACUUUGUGCAUAUGUGUUUGCACCAUUAAUACUUUUGAUCACUGUUAUAUGUAUUUACUUGGAUUUUGGUAACAGUCAAAAGUUUCGCAAUUCUAUAUGGGAACCUAAAAGUUCGAAUUGGGAAGUCCUUGACGAAGGAUCCUCAGGGAUAUGGGCGAACAUGAAUGCCAAAUAUCAAAACGACCAAGUAAUUCGAUUUUAUCAUGAAGGUAAUGAUGCGACUAGGGAGGUCCUAUUGUAUGCUGAAAGCCGGAACCUUGACAUCUGGAAUACGGGUUCCCGCUAUACUGAUAUUCGACUGCGUCGAGAAGUUGCAAAGGAGAUGAUUUCAAUGAUCCCUAACCAUAAAGUUCUAAUAUCGAAUGUUUCUAUGGUACUUGCCAACAGCAUGUCUAGCGGACAAGAAACGAAGAACCUACCUCCUUUGGAUUUCAAUACUCUUUCAACCAUGCCCCAAGAACCAUUUUCAAAGUUAUACCUAAAAUACACAGAGGAGUUUUAUAAGAAUUACCAAAAUCUUGAAGCUAUCAAUUCUUACCUUCGAUUACUAGCAUCUAUGUAUAGUGAUUUAUGUGAACUUACUUCAUUGGGAACCACCGCUGAAGGCCGAUCUAUACUUGCACUGAGAAUCCAUGGACGAAUUCCAAAUAAGGAUGAAAAAAAGGAGGUGAUAAUUUUACAGGGUACUGCUCAUGCGCGUGAGUGGAUAUCUAUUCCAACAUUAUGCUACUCUGCAUGGAAAUUAGUAGCCCAGUAUGAUUCGGACAAUCGUGUGAGAAAAUUGCUUGAUAAAUUUGAGUGGAUCAUUGUACCUGUUCUGAAUGUGGAUGGCUAUGCUUAUACUUGGUCAGAAGAUCGUUUUUGGACGAAGAACAGACAAAGCCUAAAAAAUUCAAACUGCAAAGGAAUUAAUAUUGACAAUAAUUGGGGAUUCGGAUUUAAUGGGCAAGGAAAUCCUUGUGACGAACUAUUUGGCGGUCUUGAACCUUUUGAGGCUAAUGAAACAUUUGCCAUGUUUAAUUUAAUUUCUAAUACAUUACCAAAGGAGAAAAAAAGUACCGUUGGAUUUUUAGACAUACAUUCCUAUUCUCAAUCGGUCUUAUGGCCUUAUGCGUAUAGUUGUGAUUUACUCCCUGCAGAUGACGAGAAUUUUCAAGAACUAGCAAUGGGUUUGACGAAAGUGCUUCAUCAGGUACACGGUCGACUAUAUUCUCACCAACAGGCAUGUAUACCGUUUGAUGGUAUUCAUAAGCAUUACCAUCCUGGUGCUGCAAUUGACUUUGCAUACUUCAACGCAGAAGUUCGGUGGCCAUUUACAAUACGUCUUCGCGAUGUUGGUGACUAUGGAUACCUGCUACCAGCUCGUGAGAUCGUACCUACGUCUCGUGAAUUUUAUGCCAUGCUUCUUUACUAUGGUCAAUUUAUAUCAGAAGCUGCGUACUAAAGAGCUCUUUUCUUUGCGUUGUUAUUUUUGGUUGUUGUCAUGAGUUUUAGAUUUUUGACUACUCGGUCUUAUAUGUUUAACUUGGAUAUUAUUUAUUUUGUGCGCUUGUUUAUCUGGAAUGAAGGUGUCGGUGUUGUUUAGAUACUAAUUUCAAUACGAUCUUUUCGAUACGUGGAAACUUAAUAUACUAAUGGAAAUUUGUAUAAAUUAAGCUUACCGCUAGCUUCAUCCACAGGUGACUCCGAAGACUGAAGACGUAUUGAAGGAUCUGGUCCCCUAUUUUGCUUGUUCUCGCUUUAAAAUAUAUAUAUGAGUAGUGACUCAAUUGAAGAUACUAUAGGUAAUUUUCAAAACGCUAUCGUCUCGAAGAAGUCGCUCCAGUUGGAUUACCUAUCAAUCUUAUUUGACUUUCCUCCUAUUAAUUUGAAUAUAUUCCGACUUUUUAUAGUUUCUUUUCUAAUGUAUACUUUUUACUUACUUAUAUUAACUAAACGAACUGAAUGACAUGAAAGAUUCAGUAUAUUUUAGCCCAUAAGCAUACAAUAAUAAUAAAGAGGCUGUACACUAUUUUAAUA